CUGAGGGUGCUCUAACACCCUCGUAGAACCGGGCCUGGAGUACGAUGCUUAAGAUAAUGAUAACUAUUCACUGUCCAGAUCUGAGAAAGGAAAUGAGUCUGCGCAUCGCUCCAGUGCGCAGGUGGAUUUUUGCGCACAAUAGCGCGUUUGUCUCGCGCCACAGGUGGGACUCAGGUGUUGUAACGCGACACUCAACCAUGUGAUCGGCGAUGGGAAUUUAGACGGAAGAAAAAGCCUUCAACAGAGGAGCGAUCACUCAACACACCAAACGCACAAACUCACUUUUGAAAGCGGCGCAGGAUCUUGAAGGAUAAUGUUUUAUUAUAAGCGGAGUAUCAGUAAGAAACUGGAGUGUCGCGGUGGUUUCGGUUUAAACGCUGUGUUUCACCGGUGAGGUGAGGCGGAAGAAAGCCUGUCCGGAUAACAUCGUGGAUCACGAAAGUGGGCACACAGCUUGCCAGAGAAUGACUAAUUCUGUUCCUUUGAUCUGGGACAUGAUUUAUUGAUUACCUCUGAUUCACCCUACCCAGAGCAUCAGCCCCUUCUGGUUGAGGGUAGGGGUGCAGAUUGACUCCAUCCCGGAGAUGUUAAGGCAGGUUGGGCUGUUGGCAGGGAGUCUUCUGCCUCUGCUUCUCAGGAAUGCGUUGACCGAGGAGAACACCACAAUGUCUAGCAACACUACAACUCCAAGUCAAGGCCCCAACACUGUGGCCAUUGUAGUGCCAACUGUUGUCCUGGGAGUGUUGGCUAUUUUGACAGCAGUUCUGGUAUUUCUGUUCUGCGUUGUCAAAAAGAAGAGACAGACAGAGGGGACUUAUCGACCCAGUGCGGAGGAGCAGACAGGAGUAUGCAGCGUUGAGACGCCAGAUGCCCUCAAACUACCCAAGGAGGAGAGACUGAUUUGACGCACUUUUUUCUUUUUUUUUUUUUUUUUUUUUUUAUGAUUACCCUGAAGCACAUGAUAAUAAUGACUCCAUUUCAGAUAAACAUGAACAAAGCACCUUCUCUGAAGGGGCAAGGCAAAAAUUUAGCCUAAUGUUUGGGCAAAACAAAGUGAGUUUGAAAACUUGAAGGAAACCUGAUCCUCUGUAAAGGCAAUAUGUUUCAUAGUGCAUAUUUUUGGACCAAAUAUUUACUAGAAGAAACCACUACAUUAAAGGAAUAGUUCACCCAAAAAGGAAAAUUCUGUUGCCAUUUACUCACCCUCAUGUUGUUCCAAACCCAUUUGACUUUCUUUUUUUCUUUUUUUUUUUUAAUGAAUAUUUCGGUUGAGCUUGUCAAUACAAAAGCACUUGAUAGUGACUCGCUUUAAAAAGUACCCAAAGGUAUCUUAAAAGUAUUCCAUGCAACUCGUGUGUCAUAUUCCAAGUCUUCUGAAAGCAGAUGAUAGGUUUUUGUGAGAAACAACCUGAAAUUUCAGUCACUUUUUAGUGAAAAUCUUGACGUCCGUUGCGCGUGCAUGAGAGAAGCUUUUUAACAGUGGCUCGUGUGUUCAUGUGAGAACUUGCCUUGUUUUAGCUUUUCUCUCAUAGUGCUUUACUACAUAAUAAUAAUACAUACUGCCUUUGUAUUAAAAAGACAGACCGGAAUAUUCAUUAAAAUGUCUUCUUUCGUGUUUUGCAAAAGUCAUACAGGUUUGGACCAACAUAAAGUUUAGUAAAUUAUAGUAGAAAUUUCAUUUUGAACUACUCCUUUAAACAGAGAAAGACCACACCUGCAUGGUAGAAUCACAUGGACAUUUUGGCAUUCAAAUCUGUGGACUGACUUACUCUGGACCAGCAGACAUCAUUUGGAUAACAGGAUGAAUGCUUUUGCUGACAGAUCUGCUCAUACUGUUCUUUCAUCUCUAGCAUCGACAUUUCAUUCUUAUUUCAGAUUAGUAGCUAUUCUCUGAAUGCUACAAUUCUUGUAUUCUGUUUAAUUGGUUGCUUUACAAAUGCAAACUCUGAUAUUUGUAUGUAAUGUUAAGAUAUAUGUAAAAGUAAAGUGUGUAAUUUA